GGUCUAUCAUUUAGUACGAAUCCUUAAGGAAACCAGAUAAAAUUAGGGUUUUAUCGUUUCUGCCAUAUUAAUACAUCAAUUUUCCAGACGAAGAACUUGGUUGCGUUAAUUUAUCAGAAAAUUUUUACCUAAACGUAUAACUAAGGGUGUAUGUGUAUUGAUUGCCGCUGAUGGGUGAGAUUUGGGAGAAAGCGGUGGAGACAGCUUUGGACGGCCAAAAGGACUUCUCUUCCGUGCGUAGCUUAACUCUGGACGGUCUUGUGAAGUGCGUCAAUGGCCGUUUGCCUCCACCUUCGCUUUUCGAGAGGUUUCAGAACCUCCAGCACUUAUCUAUCGCAAGCAUUGGAGUCUCCACUUUGGAACACUUUCCUCGGCUUCAGAACUUGCAGAAGUUAAUUUUAUCGGACAAUAGAAUCUCUGGUGGUCUGGAAUUCCUUGUAAAAGCUGGUUUGCAUUCGCUCCGAGACCUGGAUUUGUCCAAUAACCGGAUUCAGGAUGUAACAGUACUUAGUCCGCUAGCAGAGCUUAAGCUUAUUUCGCUUGAUCUGUACGAGUGUCCUGUUACAAAGGUUAAGGAUUACCGAUCUAAUGUUUUAGGACUUAUCAAGUCCUUGAAGUACCUCGAUAAGAUGGAUGCAGAGGGAAACGAGCGGCCGGAGUCAGAUGAGGAGGAGGACGAUGAGUCUGAUGAGGAAGAUGAUGAAGAUCCGGGGAGUGGAGAGGUUGAUGGUGAAGAUCGGCCCCAUACGGCAUCUAAUGGACGUCAGUCCUGGAGUGACAAAGUGAUUGACGUGGAUGAAGAUGAGAGCGAUGCUGAUGAGGUUGAACUGGACACUUCUAGAGGGGCUAGUGAGGCUAGUCCAAGCCGGUCUCAUAAUCUGUCAAAUGGUUUUAGAGUUGCAAAGGCGAAGUGCGAUGAUGAAGGCGAUGAGGAAGAUGAUGAGGAUUCUGAUUGGGAUGAGGAAAUCGAUGAAGAUGAUGAAGAUGAUGUGCUAGAGGUUCAUAAUAUUGAAGAUGGUGAUGAUGAGGACGAUGAGGAUGGUGUGGAAGACGAUGAUGAAGAUCUAGACGAUGGUGAAGAUGGAGAGGAAGUGGAUAAUGAUGAUAGUCUGGUUGGGGAUAAACAGAGUACAGAUUUGAUUGCUAGCACCGAGGGAGAGAUUGAUGGACAUGAUGGUGAAGAAGAUAGCGAUGAAGAUGAAGAGGAGAAUGUAGAGACUGGCGAGGACGAUUUUGAUGAUGAGGAUGACGUGGAUGAGGAGGAAGAAGAAGACAAUGGAGCUGGGUACUUGGUUCAGCCAGUUGGGCACAGUGAAGCUGGUGCUGCUAUCAGGAUAAGUCAUGGAGAUGAUGGAGAAGAAGAUGAUGAAGAUGGUGAAGUUCAGGAGUUGGCAUCUUUGAAGAGGAAGAGGGAAGAAGAAGACGGAGAUGAUGACAGCGAUGAAGAAGACGACGAUGAAGAUGAUGACGGCGACGAUGACGAUGAUGACAGCAAUGAUGGGGUGUUAGAGAAUGGCAGGCCACCAAAGCGCCAGAGGUGAUGAUGGCCAUGGCUAUGCAAAGGUGGAAAGUCCACUGCUCUCCAGUCAUGAAUGAGCCUUUACCUGGCGUGCGUGUGUUGUUGGCGGGACCAAAUAUAUAUAUCCAUAUUUUUCGAGGGAAAUUUGUGAUGAGGAUGUGGUGCUUUACUCCUCUCACAGUAGAAUGUUUAAAAAAAACGGUCGUGGAUUGAUUCUUCUUGUUAUGUAUUUCCCGCGGAUAUUAGACUUUGCUGCUCCCUCCAAUUUGAUUCAAAUGGCAGUUAGGAAGUUGUUGCUCAACCCGCCUUAUGUUUUCAUUUCAAAUGAGGUUUUUUUUUGUCAAAUGGAGGGAAACAAACCCACAAACAACCCACCUAAGGCUCUCUCUCUCUACUAGGGUUUAGCGCGCGCGCCUAAUGAAGUUUUGAAAUAAAAGAAGUCGAAAUGGAUAGAUCCUCCAGCGGAUUUGCAAGUUGCAACGGACCGUUGCGUCUUCCUCGUACUGUGUUUGUAAUGGAAUGGAGGGAGUGGGUGCUAUUCAGCUGAUGAUCGAGGUGUUAGUGUGACGUGGCUUCAUCCACAUUGUGUAUUUGUGUAUAGUAGACGUUAUAUUAAACGAGAAGGAACAUUUUAAUUUCAUUUUGCCUUUGAUGCCAGAUGGCAGUUUUUGAUAUGCUGUUGUAUUCUAUUUACCCUGUAAUCAAGCAUUCAGCAAAUUAUUCUGACAUUUGUACACAUGUGCUUCUCGUUGAUGAUCAAUAAAUCCCAAAAUAGAAAGCCAAACAUCC